CCAUGCUUCCGAGUCCAUCCAGCAUCUCAUCGUUGUCACAUUACUACCUCUCGAUCAGGCCGGUUGGAUUCCGAUAUUCUCCGGAAGCAUCUGCUUUGCGCUUUAGCUCACUACUCACCUUUGUUGUCCAUAUUUGCGAAACUCCAAGAUAAUAGUGUCUAUGGCUCCUCUCAACCUAGCCGCCAGCUACCUAGUGGGAUGCCCUCAGUCCACAUGAGCCCGAUAGAACUUGGCGUAUCACCUGCAUAUUUUAGACGUUGCACGGUUCAAGGACCAAUAGGAUCUAUGCGAUGCACCCAUUUCAAAAUCCCCCUUGCUGGCGUAGUGUCAGCUUUUCGUGGCUGGGAAGCUGGACCACGCUCGCUUCACGUCUUCAUGCUUCCUGUGCCGUCGACAAGACAAUCACAUCAACGUCCCGUCGCCUCAGGCAGCGGAAGAACUUAUGCCGCAAUCAUGUCUCUCUGCCGGAUCUGUUCAACCCUCAACCUUGAGCAGCUAGAUGCCACAGAUGUCCGCUUUCACUCCAGUAUGAAGGCUCUCCAGCGAAGUGCCGAUGCAAAAUGUCCCUUUUGCACCCUGUGCUACACCCGUGUCAUGGACGACAUUCACCGUAGCGUCACCGACGCCCUUCUCAGUGAUCAGAUACCGUCAGGCUACGAGGAAAAGACGUUUGUUCCGAGCAUCUGGCUCCAUGGCGAGGUGAGGCAAGGCAACCGCAGCGUCGGCCACCAACUCCCGGGAUGUGCCAUAUGGAUCUCGUGCGGAAGGAUGCAUCCUGAUGUCGGUCUGGAGGAGACCAAUCGCCCCGGGAUGCCAUUUGCCUCGCGUCUAUCUCUUUUCGCAAGCCGUAAAACACCGGCAGCGAGCAAAUUCAUCGAGCGAUACAUAAUUGCGGACCAUGAUCCUGAUCUCUACAUUCACCUGGCAAGUUGGCGUUUGAAAAAGUGCGAAGACUCUCACAAGCUCUGUAAACCGAGGUCCUCGGAGAUGCCGACUCGCGUCAUUGAGGUUUGCAACAUCGGCGAAAAGCCGAGACUGAUGAUCACGAGUGGCCUUAGAGAGCCAUACAUUGCUCUUUCCUAUUGCUGGGGGCCCGGCAAAAAUACGUUCACCCUAACGCAUACGACCAAAGAUGAGCUUUUGGAUGGCGUCGCAGAAGAAAAGCUUACCCAGACUCAUCGAGAGUCCAUUCGGUUCGCACGCAUGCUCGGCAUUGCGUACCUCUGGAUCGACGCCCUUUGCAUCAUACAGGGCGAUGCCGAUGACUGGGCUUUCGAAUCACAACGCAUGGCACACGUCUAUGGCAACGCGGCUUUGACCAUAAUUGCUGGCCGUUCGGAUGACGCGCGUAACGGCUUUCUCGCAAAUGGACUUGAUCAAAAAAUCCCGCCUUGCACCUUGCCGCUUAGCCCAGACACCAAAGACACAAUCGGCGUCUGUCUUCCCAGAUCUACUCUCAUCGGGCCAGUGUCCACACGCGGGUGGUGUUUCCAGGAAGAAAAGCUCUCAACGCGGGCUAUCAUAUUCGGCCAGGAGCAGACCAUCUACCAAUGCCGCGAGGAAAAGAACUGGGAAGACGGCCAAGUCGAUUUCCAAGAUCUCAAGCCCACUUUCCUAACCCCCGGCUUCUCCACGGGUGUCUCCCAUUCCGCAGCUGACAAAGAGACUACCCUCUCAAUGUGGUACGAGUUCGUCGACUCGUUCACAAUGAGAGCUCUGUCGAACCCGCAUGACGUCUUCGCAGCCAUCGCAUCCAUCGCUAUUCUUGCGAAAGACGUGCUUAAGUCUCGCUAUCUCGCGGGCAUUUGGGAAGACGAUCUUGUCAGAGGCUUGCUGUGGAAACCACGCAAUCAAGUGCACGCGUUUUUCAACACCUCGGUGACGCGUCCGAAACCAACCUUCUUUGCCCCAGCACCGGUGAUUCGCGCGCCUUCGUGGUCCUGGGCGUCUGUGGAAGGCCCGCUUCGUCGUAUUUACAACCCGAGAAAAACUCAGCUAUUCCAAGACAGCAACUAUGUCAAGAUAAAACCCAAGUUGGGAACCAGGUGGACAGCCGCAGAGGACUGUGAUGUUACUGUUCUCCACAUGCCGUCUUGUACCCUGCAAAUUUUGGGGCGCAUGGCAAAGGCGACUCUGAUCAAAACGGGCGUUGUCGAGUGGUUUGAGGCGGAUAAGACAAGAAAGCGAUGGCUACCUUACAAAAAGAUGCUGCCCCACUCAGUCCUGCUUGUCUCGUACGGGGAAGAGCCAGGUGCGACAGGCAACGGAAACAAGGUCGUUGCUGUGGGGUGCUUUGAUGUGCCAGAGGAAGCAGCGCAGUUCGAAGAGGUAUGGGGUCUUCCGCUGAUUGAGAAAGAGGGGUUGAUGAUUGUCCCGCACGAGGGCAAAUGGAAGCGAGCAGGGUGGUUCUGUUUGAGAGAUGAAUCUUGGUUUGAGAAGAAGCCCGAGGUUGAGAUAGAUCUCAUCUGAUAGCUUAAGCCGCGGCCGUACCAGCCCUCAUGAUCCCCUGCUGUCUCUUCUUUGCCUCUACCGAAGCCUUGCGAGGGUUGACUGCUUCAAACACUUCAUCCAGUUCCUCCAAUGUGAAACCCUUGGUCUCGACGAAGAAAAAGUACAUGAAUACCAUUUCGAAACUGUCCCACGCCACAAAGAAGACAUAAAACCAGUACCCUAUCUAUCAGGGAUUAUUUGCAUCAGUAAAUUAGCGCAGCACAG